UAGGCUGGUGCAGGUCGGCUAGCUGACAGGCUCACUUUCCCGUUGAACUCGUCAUCUUUCUUCUCUUAUCCGCAGGACAUAAAACAAUAUAGAGCAUCAUAAAAUGGCUGCCAAUCCUGAUUACCAAGCAAUUGAUUUGCCAAGAGAUAGAGAUAAAGAAAAUAGGGGUUCUGUGCCAGGGGAAACGGAUAAAAUGCUGGCAACCCAAGUAACUGAUAACAUGAGCUCUGAUGAAACGAGGGAAGGAAGUAAAAAAACACCAGUGUCUUACAACAUGGAUAGUGAUCGGUCCAUGCGUCAACCAAUAACAUUCAACAGUGGAAUCCUUACAUCUGUGAAAUGGAGCCAGCAGGUGAAGACAGAGUGCUCAGUGUUUACAGUCGGCUCAACAGACAGUGAGGUUGAUUUAUAUGGAUCUGGUCUUCAUAUAAAUCAGAGCCCUACCUUUGAGGACCCUGCUUUAGGCCAGAUGCAAGAUAGGAGAAUAGUACAUCGUAUCAGACUGGACUGUACCAUAUGUAUGCAGCGCAGUGACAAAGCUGUGAAGUUCUGCGAGGAUUGCAAGGCUACUUUCUGUGAGAACCAUGUUAGAGACCACUACCAGGCCCCAGGACUGAUGAAACACACAUUGGUGGAGGCCACUGAAGGAUGGAAAACCAUUCCAAAUGUAGACGAUCACGUCCAUGAAACGUAUGUUGGAACAGAACAAACUGCGACUCAGGUCUGCUCAUGGAAAACAGCCUUCUUUUCCAGUCUUCUGGGGAUUCUCAUACUGGUACUUGCCCUGGUAGGCCUUGUGUGUUAUACACACCUGUGUGUCUCUGUACACGGGUCUGAGGUGGGAUUUCAGCAACGGAUUGUUCUGCUGGGGAAGACUGGAUCAGAGAAGAGAGCAGCAGGAAACACCAUCCUGGGGAGAGAGGCAUUUAAAAUGGAGGCUUCACCUUUGUAUGGGUCAGAGUGUGAGGAACAAGAUGCUGUUGUGGGCCGAAAUAACAUAACUAUGAUUAACACCCCAGAUGUGUUGCCGUCUGAGGAAGUUGCAGGUAAAGUAGCUGAAUGCAUCAACAUCUCAACACCUCACGUCUUCCUGCUAGUGAUCAGGCUGUGCAAUUGGUGCACAGAAGAGGAGAAGAAUACUGUCAAAUGGAUGAAGGAGAACUUUGGGGAGGAGGCCCUUAAAUACACCAUGGUGCUGUUCACUGGUGGAGACCAGCUAGAAGGGAAACCAGUGGAGGAGUAUCUAAUGGACAACAGUGAUCCCCUAAAACUCCUCAGUAUGUGUGGUGGCAGACAUCACGUCUUCUAUAACAAAGACAAGAAUGAGCUCACUCAGGUCACAGAGCUGCUGGAGAAGAUAAAUGGAUUAUUGAAUGAGAAUAGGGGAUACUAUCAUGUGACAAACAUCUUGACCCGGAGGGAAGAGGAGAUCGGGAGGAGGGAGAAGGCUCUGAGAAAGAUACUAGAACAGGAGGUUAGAAAGAGGGAUGCAGCCAUAGCAACGAUAAGAGAGGAGGAGGUUAGAAAGAGGGAUGCAGCCAUAGCAACGAUAAGAGAGGAGGAGGUUAGAAAGAGGGAUGCAGCCAUAGCAACGAUAAGAGAGGAGGAGGGGAAAAAGAGGGAGACUGAAGAGAGAAAAGAGAGGGAAGAUGAAGGGAGGAAGGCCAUUGAUGAUCUGGCAGUGAAAGUCUCAGGCUCAAAAAUGUAUGUAGGAGUAACGGUGAUCACAAUGAUCAUCUUAAUUGUCCUUUAAUGAUACUAAUCUGAACAUUAGGGAGUCUCCAUGCAUCAUCUCUUUGUAGAGCAGGGUGACCUCUGAAAACAAAACAAGUUUACAGAUGAAAAUUAUUAAAAGUUAAUUGAUCAAUUGUUGAUCAAUACGUUCAUUGAUUAAUUGUUAGAAGUGGUUUUAUAUAUUCUUUAAGAACAUAUCUCCCAUGAAAACCUGGUGUUUAGAGAAAUCUGCACUUUGUGUUAUGGAGAAUUACCAAAGGGGGAGCGGGGCUUCUUUUCUAAUCUCUGGAUGCCAUGGAGUGAUUUCUACUGUAAGAGUCACUGUAAUGGAAAUCAAGGUUAACUCUUUAAAUGCUUCAGUUUAAAACUACAUUAUUGAUUUAUUGAUGUUUGACAAGCUGGAUUUAAACAGAAAGUGAAGUCUGCUAAAUGAUGUAAAUGUAGAUGUAAGUGAGAGGCAAUUAUUAACAAUUUGUUGACUGUAAUGACCAUUUGAAUGAUUUGAAUAAAGCUGAUUAUUAAUCGAGAA